GCCUAAUGUAAGCUAUAGGGGAGCACAGCAGAUGUCUCUGCUGUCCUGUGUGGAAGGUGUUGGUGCUACAGGAGCAGUUCAGGUGUUCUGCAGAGUGUGCAGGCUGGUGCACAUGCAAAAGGAUUGUAAAGUGAGUUCUCUUCAUUGCUGUUCCUUAAUGAGCUGGAUGACUGGCAGUAAUGAUAAGGUGUGCACAAGUUCCCUCUCCAUUUGCUUUCAUUUCUCUCACCUCCUAAAAUUUGACUGACUUUUGCAAGGCUUUUGCUCCCUUCUGCACCCCACUGCUGCCUGCCUUCAUUCCUCAGGUAAGUCAGCACUGGGUCCUGAGUGAUGCUUGCUGAGUUUGGCUCUGAGCACAUGGAAGGAAUUCAGGUGUUGGCGACUUGGGCUUGGUGGUGUGUUUGGGGGGGAUCAUGUUGAACUUGUGGGGGUGUUUGCCUCUUGCAGAUGCUCCUGUAGGGGUUUUGUAGAAGCACAAUGGAGUUUGUAGCAGAUGUUGGUUUUGCUGGGAACUUUGCUGUUUCAGGUGUUAAUCAUCACAGCCCUGUCCAGAGCUGCCUGCUAAUCUGAUAUAUUUUUUUGUGAAAGAGUCUCCCCUCUUGUGUGAAACCCCCUGGGAAAGAGGCUAUGGACAAAACCAUUGGCAAACAGCAGAAAAUGGCUUCAGACAAAAUGCUGUCAGACAUAGCAAAUGAAGAGACAGGAAAACACAUUUCUGUAAUUUUCCAGCAGAGAUUUUGCUUCUAAUAGGAGUGGAAGGCACAUUCCCAGAGAGAGACAGAGCAAACUUCGCGAGCAGGAAGGAGAAGCUGCGACUCGUCCGGGAUGUUUGACGGCUAUGAUAGUUGUAGUGAGGACACCAGCAGCAGCUCCAGCUCAGAUGAGAGUGAAGAGGAGGUUGCUCCUUUGCCAUCCAGCCUCCCCAUUAUAAAGAACAAUGGACAGGUCUAUACGUAUCCAGAUGGCAAGUCUGGCAUGGCCACCUGUGAGAUGUGUGGAAUGGUUGGUGUCCGGGACGCCUUCUACUCCAAAACCAAACGCUUCUGCAGCGUGUCCUGCUCCAGGAGCUACUCCUCCAACUCCAAGAAGGCCAGCAUUCUGGCCAGGCUUCAGGUAGCGGGGAAACCUCCAACCAAGAAGGCUAAAGUCCUGCAGAAACAACCACUGGUGGCCAAGUUAGCAGCUUAUGCUCAGUACCAAGCAACUCUGCAAAACCAGGCAAAGACUAAAGCAGCAGCUGUCCCUGUGGAAGGUUUCAGCUGGGGUAACUACAUCAACAGCAAUAGCUUCACAGCAGCUCCUGUCACCUGCUUUAGACACGCACCCAUGGGGACCUGCUGGGGUGACAUCUCGGAAGGAGUGCGAGUGGAGGUUCCAAACACUGACUGCAGCCUGCCCACCAAAGUCUUCUGGAUAGCUGGGAUUGUGAAACUAGCAGGCUACAAUGCCCUGCUGAGAUACGAAGGCUUUGAAAAUGAUUCAAGUCUUGACUUCUGGUGCAACGUUUGUGGGUCUGACAUCCACCCAGUUGGUUGGUGUGCAACCAGUGGCAAGCCCCUGGUCCCUCCUCGAACCAUCCAACACAAAUACACAAACUGGAAAGCUUUUCUAGUGAAACGACUCACUGGUGCCAAAACACUUCCUCCUGACUUUUCCCAGAAGGUGUCUGAGAGCAUGCAGUACCCCUUCAAGACGUCCAUGAGGGUGGAGGUGGUGGACAAGACGCACCUGUGCCGCACCAGGGUGGCCGUGGUGGACAGCGUGAUCGGGGGCCGGCUGCGGCUGGUAUACGAGGAAAGCGAGGACAAGAGCGACGACUUCUGGUGCCACAUGUACAGCCCUCUGAUCCACCACGUCGGCUGGUCCCGCGCCAUCGGGCACCGCUUCAAGCGCGCCGACCUGACAAAGAAACAGGAUGGACAUUUUGAUGCUCCCCCCCACUUGUUUCUGAAGGUAAAAGAGGUCGACUCAGCUGGAGAAUGGUUUAAAGAAGGAAUGAAGUUGGAAGCUAUAGACCCCUUAAACCUUUCAGCAAUAUGUGUGGCAACCAUUAGAAAGGUUUUAGCAGAUGGCUAUCUUAUGAUUGGGAUUGAUGGCUCAGAAGCAGCAGAUGGGUCUGAUUGGUUUUGUUACCAUGCCACUUCCCCUUCUAUUUUCCCUGUUGGUUUCUGUGAAAUUAACAUGAUUGAACUAACUCCACCCAGAGGUUAUGCAAAACUCCCUUUUAAAUGGUUUGACUACCUCAGGGAAACUGACUCCAUAGCAGCGCCUGUCAAGCUCUUCAACAAGGAGGUUCCCAACCACGGGUUCCACGUGGGGAUGAAGCUGGAGGCCGUGGACCUGAUGGAGCCGCGGCUGGUGUGUGUGGCCACGGUGACACGGAUCAUCCACCGCCUGCUGCGCAUCCACUUCGACGGCUGGGAGGAGGAGUACGACCAGUGGGUGGACUGUGAGUCCCCAGACCUCUACCCAGUGGGCUGGUGCCAGCUAACUGGGUACCAGCUGCAGCCUCCAGCACCACAGUCCUCAAGAGACAGCCAAUCAAGUUCAUCCAAACAGAAGAAAAAAGCUAAAUCACAGCAGUACAAAGGACACAAGAAAAUGACGUCCCUGCAGCUGAAGGAGGAGUUGCUGGACGGGGAGGAGUAUGGCUUCCUCCAGGGAGCAUCCGACCAGGAGAGCAACGGCUCUGCCAGUUACUACAUCAAGCAGGAGCCCUGAGGCAGCAGGGAGGAGCCAGGGGCAGAGUGUUGGUGAUGGGAGCAGAGCCUCUCUCCAGGACUGGCUGGCUCUGUCCCCUCCCCCCAGACAGGGCAGUUGUGCUGCUGUCCCUGGGGCACUCUGCUGACUGCAGCCAGGGCAGGCUCGGUUCAGACUUUUUACGGAAGGGAGGGGAAACUAUUUUAGUGAAAAAAAAAAAAAAAAAAGGAGAAAAAAAAAAA